CUGUAGUCUUCUGGGACCUGUCAUGUCUGCAGUCUCUGGUCAUCUCCUGUACUGUGUCCGCAGUCUCUGGUCAUCUCCUGUACUGUGUCCGCAGUCUCUGGUCAUCUCCUGUACUGUGUCCGCAGUCUCUGGUCAUCUCCUGUACUGUGUCCGCAGUCUCUGGUCAUCCCCUGUACUGUGUCCGCAGUCUCUGGUCAUCCCCUGUACUGUGUCCGCAGUCUCUGGUCAUCUCCUGUACUGUGUCCGCAGUCUCUGGUCAUCUCCUGUACUGUGUCCGCAGUCUCUGGUCAUCUCCUGUACUGUGUCCGCAGUCUCUGGUCAU